AUGAAUUAUCUUCGAAGAGCCAUGCAAACCUCUUUUUUCAAACUUGAGUCCAACUUUAAACUCGACUAUGCCCCAUGCUCAGUCAAGAAAUGGAGAUCAUCACGAACUGGCUUAGAGUUGACAUUGAUUUCUCAAAAAUCUCCUAUAGUUAAUGGAUAUUUCGCAGUUGGAACUGAAAUAUUAGAUGAUAGUGGCUGCCCACAUACCUUGGAACAUCUUGUUUUUAUGGGCUCAAAAAAAUAUCCAUACAAAGGCUUAUUGGAUCUUCUUGGAAACAUGGCUUUUAGUGUUACAAAUGCUUGGACGGCAACUGAUCAGACAGUGUAUACGUUAACGACUGCUGGAUGGGACGGCUUCAGAAUGCUUCUUCCAGUUUACUUGGAUCAUAUUUUAUAUCCAAAGAUAACUGAUGCAGCUUGUUACACCGAAGUUUAUCAUUUAGAUGGUGAGGCUAAAGAUAAAGGUGUUGUCUACUCAGAAAUGCAGGCUAUUGAAAACCAACCUUCAUUUAUCCAGGGAUUAACUGCUCAAAGAACUUUAUACAAAAAAUCUGGUUACAAAUCCGAAACUGGCGGUUUAACAAAAAAUCUAAGAAUUUUGAAGAAUGAUGAAAUCAGAAAGUAUCAUUCAGAGAAUUAUCGCCCAGACAACCUCUGCAUUAUAAUUUCUGGGCCGGUAGAUGAGGGUGAGCUUUUAGAUGUUAUGACCAGGGUCGAUUCUGAAUUAGAUUCAUUACCUGCAGUUCCUCGUAAGCGCCCUUUUCUUGAUUCACCCCAUGAUGAACCUCUUACUACGUUGGUUAAGAAGACGGUCGAAUUUCCAGAUGAAGAUGAAUCAUCUAGCGAGGUUCAAUUUUCAUGGAUAGGACCGGAUGGCAGAGAUCUUGUCAUGGAUCAGGCUGUUGAUAUAUUAUGUAAAUAUUUCACCAGUACUGCUGUUUCUUUAUUUAGUCAACAUUUUAUAGAGGUUGAUGAACCUCUUGCCACUAGUUCAGAUUUCUACUCGGACAGCUUCUUGAAGACGGGCAUUAAUAUUCAAUUUUCCAAUGUUCCAACAAAUGAAGCUGACACUUUUCCUGAAAAGGUUCUAAAGUUGAUGAAUGACCAUUGCGAUUCCAAGAAAUUGGAUUUCAAAAGAUUGAGAGACCUUGUGGAGCAAUCGAGAAGAAAAUAUCUUUUCUCUUCAGAAAAGUCUCCAGACAGUGCCAUUAAUAUGGCGAUAUUUGAGGCCCUGUAUGGAAAUGCUGAUGGAUCCAGUCUUGAACAAUGGCUAAAGGAUUUGCAUGAAUAUGAUAAAUUAUUGACAUGGAGUGUGGAUAAAUGGGCUCAGACUUACAAGAAAUACUUUUUGAAUAAUAAACCUUGUAUAGUUGUCGCAAAACCUUCAGCCAAGCUAUAUUCAAAGCUAAAACAAGAAAAUGAAAAGCUAAUUGGGGAUCGCAGAGCUAAGCUAGGUAAGAAUGGACUUAAAGACCUUGAAAGAAAAUUACAGGAAGCAGAGGCAGAAAAUGAAAAGCCUGUUCCUAAGAAAAUAAUAGAUAAAUUUGGACAGCCAAAUCCUUCAAAAAUCGAGUUUAUUAAAACAACACCUAUAGCUGCAGGUCUCAAUAAGGAUUUGGUAAAUGACUCUUCUUCCUCUGUUGUGCAGGACAUUCUUGGUGAUCAACCUGCAAAUUUCCCAUUGUAUGUCCAUAUGGAGAAUAUCGAAUCAAACUUUGCUAUCAUAAACAUAUUAUUCUCAUCUGAGGUUAUUGAUAAAAAGUAUUUGCCAUACUCGAACAUUCUAAGGAAUUUACUAAGCUUUCCUUUACGCAACGACGAUGGUACAUUAACGCCAUACGAUGAACUCAUAAAGCAGAUAAAUCAGGAUAUGCUUGGUUGUGUAUUUUCAUCGUCCUUCCAGGGAUCAUUUGCCGAAUUGUUUAGCUUGAAAAUGACUAUCCCCGCAGAAAAUUACGUAAAGGCCAUUGACUGGUGUUACAAGCUUUUAUUCAAAACCGAGUUUGAUAAAAAGCGUAUUUUAAUUACAUUGCGAAAUGCAAUAAAUAGAUUGCCUGAAGUUAAAAGAAGUGGAACAGUGAUGCUUGGUUCGUUAAUGAACAAGGUUUUAUUUACAGACAGAUCUUUGCGAAAAGCUAACGAUGUUUAUCAAAAUCAACAAUUUUUUAGGGAUCUUCUUAAGCAGAUCGAAACCGACGAGGGAUUUGAGAAACUAGUAAGUAUCUUGGAGAAAGUUAGGUCCCAAAUGUUUGACCUUGCAAAUAUGAGAGUGUUUGUGGUUUUGGAUCAUACUAAGAUCGAACAUCCACUUUCUUCAUGGGAAAGCUUUAUCAAGAAGGUAGAAGAAAAGAAGGGCCUACCAGGUAAACUUGUUCCACUGCCAUUGACCUCAAAUGUACUAUCUUUGGAUGGACUUAACAAAGAAAAAAAAUGUUUCAUUGUCACAACACCUGGAUCUGAUUCCAGUUACAUGUAUUUACAAACGAAGGUGCCAUUUGAAUAUGAUAGUAAGGAUGCAUUCAAAAUCAUUCUUGGGGCUGAGUUUUUCCAAUGUGUCGAAGGUCCUUUCUGGAAAGCCAUAAGAGGAACGGGUCUAGCAUAUGGAGCAAACAUGUACAAGAAUUUUGAAACAGGACAGUUGACAUUUAGCAUUUACCGAGGUGUAGAUACCCAAAAAUGCUAUGAAGCGGCUAGGAAAGUUGUCAGCGAUUAUUCCAACGGUGCACUUGCCAUAAACGAUGAAAUGAAACGUGCAGCAGUAUCGUCUGUUGUUAACAUGUUAACAAAUGGUCAAUCAAAUUACUUUGAAGCCGCAACAGCAGAAUUCUUUAACAUAAAUUUAUCCAGAAGAGGUCAAGACUACAGUAAACGGUUGAUGAAUGAAAUUUCAAGUAUCAGCACAGACGACUUGCUAUACAUUUUCAACAAGUACUUCAUUCCUGUAUUUGAUCCUUCUAGAUCUAUAUGCUUUAUUAGUUGCAAUCCAGCUCAAGAAGAGAGCACAACUAAAUACUUCAAGAAUAUUGGUUACAAGGUUUUUGUUGAGCAUGUUUCACCCUCGGAUGAAGACAAUGUGGAUGUGACUGAAGAGUCAAAAUUAUAG